CGCUGUGCCCCGGCUGGAGGCCGCUCCACAGCUCCUCCGCCACGCCGGGCCGGGGCCGGCAGCGUCCGCCGCAGCGCCAUGGCGGCGCACUACUGCGGGCUCUGCCGCCGCACCUCCUUCACCGGCCGCCGGCACCUUUACAGCGCGGGGCACCGGCGGCGGCUGCAGGAGGCCCUGGCCCGGCUGCAAGAGGAGGUGGCGGCGGCGCGGGCGGCGGCGGCCGCGGCUGAAGAUGGCGACGGCGGUGCCGCUGUGCAGCGCUACGACCCGGCCGUGCACGACCGGCGCGUCUGGUGCCUGUGCUGCGAUCGCGGCGUGCAGCGGGACGGGCGGCGGGACGGGCUGGCGCUGCUGCAGGCUGGGCUCCUCCAGCACCUCGCCGGGUCCGAGCACCGCCGGGAGACGGUCCGGUUCUGGCGGGAGAACCGGGCGGAGGCGGCGCUGCGGGAGCGCUUCCUGGUGCCGGCCGAGGAGUACGAGCGCUUCGAGAGGGUGCUGGAACGGGUGGUGGCCGCGCACCAGCGGCGCGAAGAGGAGCACAUCCAGCAGAUAGCGGCCGGCAUCCGGGAAGCCGAGCGCCGGCAGCAGGAGACAGUGCGGGCCGCCCUCCAGCUUCAAACAGAGCCAGAGCUUGGCGCAGGACCUUCCAUCUGCAGCCCCACAGCUGGACCCCAGAGGAACUCCUCUCAUGACACACAGCAGCCUGGCCUCAGUGGGAUGCAGACAGGACCUGACCUAAACUGGAUGGAACCAGGCCAAGCUUUGACCUUCAUUGGCCACCAGGAGACAGAAGGGAAAGGAAACGUUCACACAGGAGCAAAACCUCCAUGGCUAACUGAGGAAGAGGAUGGCAGUCAACAACAGGUUGGACCUUCAUAUGAGGAGUUUCUCAAACAAAAGGAGAAGCAGAGGCUGAGAAAGCUCCCAGCAGAGCGUGUGGGUGCCAACUUUGACCAUACCUCUCAGACAGGCGACAGCUGGCUCCCCUCUUUUGGGCGGGUUUGGAAUCAUGGCAGAAGAUGGCAGUCCAGACAUCAGUUUAGAACUGAAUCAAGGGAAAAGAAGAGGAAAAGGUGAGCAGAAGUAGAGCACUGAAGAAAACAAGCUCUGACUUGUGUGGAACAUGGACUGGAGGUAGCUGCAGGUGCUGUCAGGUUCAGCACUGUUUUUACAUCAACCUGGAAGCGUUUGGUCCCCUAGGGAGCAGUGACCACAGGAGAUACCGAAUGGAGCACCGUUACUGAAAGCUGCUGGGCCAAGGAGUGUUGCAGAUCCACUCCUGACAGAUAUGCAGGAGCUGGGUAUUGAGUUCUGAGGUCUUUGGCUACCUAAAGGCAGACCCUGGCUGCAGAGCUUUCCUGUCCCUGCCCUCUCCCCAGAAAGCCUGGCUUACCCAGCACUGCUGCAUGGCCUGCCACUCCAGUAAAGAAACAUUUUUGAGUAAUAAACUUUCUUUU